AUGAAGUUAAUAUUGAGCGGUCUGGUGCCUAUGGCUGCCGCUACAACAGUGAUCGCAGUGGCUUCCUGGCUUAUGGCUCAAGGGAUCUGGAAUCUCAUGACCCGCUGGCUAUGUGCCCUCGCUAAUAUCGGAGACGCCAAGACUUCCGCCGUGUUACCAGGGCCCUCGGAUCUGAGGAAUUUAGUGUCGCAUAAACCUCGGCUUUGGACACUUGUGGGCACCGGAGUAACGAUCGGACUCUGGAUGAUCCGGCCGUCAAUCCCAUACAAUCAUAUGACGGGGGCUCUGCCUUUCACCAUGCUCGGCGAACACUCUCGGGCUCGUCGGAUGACCAUCGAAACAUUCCCGCUCCCUGAAUUACUAGCGGAGGAAUAUCAGGAGCCUGCAAAUGGGCACUAUAAGGGGUGGGCACCGACAUUGGAUGACUCGGGUAACACUGCCUAUGGAAAUAAUAAACCAGCCUGGGCGCGAGGCCCUCUUCCUGCUGCGUUUGAGAGAUGGAUUGUGAAUCCCGAUUCAAAUUCAAACACGGACGGAAUUAGCUUGGAAAUUAGUUUGGAGGCGCCUAAUUCGACCGUUCAAAGUCUGUCCAGGAGAGGCGAAAACGAAUCCGAUUCUACAAACCAGAACAAGACAGCCGAACCGCGACACUAUUUCUAUAAUCCUGUUCAAGAUCCCAUGAGGAUAAGCAACCUUGAUCUGGAACCACUUGGUCCUCUGCAGGAGGCUCUGAAGGACCAUGCCAUUCCGAUCAACCACAUCGUCUUUGUGUUCUUGGAAAGCGGUCGAAAGGACCUCUUCCCCCUCAAAAACGAUUCUCGCUUGUACAACCAAAUCCGUGAAUCAUAUGAAUUAUACGAUGAGGAGGACGAAGCCGAUCUACACGACAAACUAUCUCAGAUAACCCCCGUGGCAGAAAUGCUUACAGGGGAGGAAUCCGGCUUCGGCUCCCCGGCUAACUCGACGAAUGCCGGACUAGGUGGUCUCAGCUUCGACGGGAUAUUGUCGGGGAGCACUCUCUCUGCGAAAUCGCGCCUUGUCAACUACUGCGGUCUUGGGCCACUCCCGGUGGACUUUAUGCAUGAAAAUGAUAUCAUUCCAUACCAGCCGUGUCUGAUGCACAUCAUGGAUCUAUUCAACCAACGCAAGAAUUCUUCUGGCUCUGGGAAUUCCACCGACAGUCACCUAGAACGGGAAUGGCAAACCAUCUAUGCGCAGUCUGUCACUGGGGAGUUCCAAGCACAGACUCGGCUUAUGGAUCUGCUCGGUUUCAAACAGGCAUUGUACUCGGAAGAUAUUGAUGUGGAGGACGCGAAAUAUUUCCAUGAGGAAAUGGAAAAGAUCAACUAUUUCGGUUAUGCUGAAACCGAGGCCCGCCCCUAUAUCAAAGACUUGAUCGACGAAACGCUUCGUCAGAAAAAGAGACUCUUCCUUUCACAUUUCACCAGCACCACGCACCACCCUUGGGGCACACCUGAAGGCUGGAACCGAGAUAAAUAUUUCGGUGAUCUCCACAAAUCACAACACGAACUCAUGGAUGAGUUCCUCAACGCAAACCGCUUUGUCGACACAUGGCUCGGCGACCUAAUGGGCAUGCUAGGGGAAGCUGGCAUCGCCAACGAGACCUUGACAGUCUUCGUGGGAGACCACGGCCAAGCAUUUGGAGAAGACUGCCCCGUCACAGGAACCUAUCACAACCCACACAUCAGCAACUUCCGCGUACCCCUAGUAUUCCACCACCCCUUAUUACCCCGCAUGCACCUUAAUGUCAACGGCAGUGCCGUAUCCAUCCUCCCGACAAUCCUCGAUCUCCUCGUGAACACCAACUCUCUCAACGCAGACGACACAGAAAUUGCCCUGGAUCUAUUGAACGAGUAUGAGGGCCAGUCCCUCAUCCGACCAUACCGCACCUCACACAACGGCCGCGAAGCCUGGAACAUGGGUGUUAUUAAUGCCGGUGGCUCGAUGCUGAGUGUUGGCUCCGCGGCUGUGCCCUGGCGUCUCAGCCUGCCAUUAAACAAUGACUUCGAGUACCGAUUUACGGACUUGAGUAAGGACCCGUAUGAGCUUGAGCCUGUCACCGGCUGGACCAUGAGCUCGCUUGCUGCGGAGGUUCAUUCCAAGCAUGGGUCUGAGGCUUUUGAUUGGGCUCAGAAGGCCGAGAAGGUUGGUCUUUGGUGGGUUGCGGAGAGGAAGAAGCUUUGGAAUUAUAGUGAUCCUGAUGAGUGA